GCGAGGUUUACAUUUAGCACCGCCUUGUUCCUCCCCUGUCACAGGUCAUAGCCACGGAACUGGAAAUCGUUUAAGAAUGGCAGAUUUCUCUGUUUUACAAAGAGUGGUUGCAAACAGACCGUCACUGAAUUUUAUUAAAUGUACUUGAUGUGUAUUCAGACAAUGCAGGAUGAAAGCACUAAUCGUGUCAAGAUGAAGUUUUAAGUUGGGACAGAAAGCUAUAUAAGAAAGGUGGUGAUGGAGACACCUGAUCUCCAGACUUCAUUUUAUGUCCAGCACCAUUAUAUGUGUUCGGAGUGCGGCCAGCUGUAUAACACGCUGGAAGAAGUGUUGGUUCACCAGCAGAGCCACAUCGGAAGCCAAAGCUAUGAGGAAGAGGAGCCACCUACAAACUCUCCACAAAAUGCAGGCAUUCAGGAGAACCAUUACCAGUGCUUGGAGUGUGGAGAGUUGCUCAUUUCACCAGAUCAGUUACUCCAGCAUCAAGAUGUGCACUUGAGAGAGAACAACCCCAACAGUCACAUCCAGUCUGUGGAUGUCCAAACCAGGGUCUCAAGCCAGAUCCAGUACCAGUGUCUGGACUGUAAGCAACUUUUUAGUUCUCCACAGGUCUGGCUGUCUCAUCGUCAGAGUCACAUGCAAGAACAACAGAGGGGGGUUUUACUGCAGACUGCUUCUGGUAUUGAAUCUGCAGUAAGUGUACCGAACAAUGCCCAUGGUGAACAUCAGUGUGAAAGCAACAGUACCCCAAAAACAGAAGGUACAGUACAGAAUGCACAAGAUCAUGUUUGCAUAAAAGAGGAAGAAACUGAUGGGAAGAAUGGUGGACAGAUACAGAUGUCUAAAGCGAAUUAUCAACCUGCUGAUGAAACUGAUGGGAGAAAUGUGGGACUGGUACAUAGUGUUGGAGCAAAUAAUCAGCAGGAGAUUAGUGCGAAAAAGGAAGGAUUGGUACAGGCUGUUAUAAUAAAUGAUCAGCAGAGUAUUGAUGGGGAGAGGAUGGGACUGAUGCAGUCUGUUGUAGGUAAUCAGCAGGAUACUGCUGCAGAGAGCAGCCUGGUUUCUGAGACAUCAGACAAAACUGCACUCCAUCAGGUACAGGUGAAGAAAGCCUGCAGAGAGGAAAAAGAACUAGACCCCUCUGCUGAAAUGCAUCCAUAUGAAUGUUCAGAAUGUACAGAAGUCUUUGUCACUCCUGAAGAAUAUUUAGAACACCAAGGAACACAUUUUAUAGAGACAGAAAAGGAAAGUGAAGAAUCUGAAGUGCCAGAAAUGAACAGCAUUUUGAACAGGGUUGAAAUCUAUGAGAGCAGACUACAAAGUCUUGCAAGACAACAUGCCGCAUUGUAUGAGGAGCAACAAAAUUGUGAGCAUAGUGAAGCAACAGCCACUGGAAACAGCAGGGAGGAUUAUUCAGGAAAUCUUACACAAGUGCCUGAGAAGAACCAGACUAGACAACACAUUCAGUCGGAAAUAAUAGAGAAGGGCGUUUCCAUUGUCCAUCAAACAGUAUUUAAAUGUAUUGAUUGUGAGAGAGACUUUCCCACUUUUGAAGCUCUAAAAAAACACAAAAAAGAACACAGUGCAGAGGUUUUCAGAUGCACAGAGUGUAAUCGGGUGUUUGCUUCUGCCAACAGGCUUCAGGCACAUCAGAAGGUGCACAUGGAUGGGACAUUUGAGUGUUCUCAAUGCAGCAAGGUUUUCAAGAAGGCGACUUCCUUGGAGUUGCACAUGGGCGUUCAUAGUGGGAAGGCGAUUUAUCUCUGUUUGGACUGUGGUUUGGGGUUUGGCACAGAAAUGAGUUUAAUUGUGCAUAGAAAGACGCACACGCCUGAACCACAUCAUCGCUGUGAGUGUGGGAAAACUUUCACUAACAUGACAAAAUUUCUUUACCACCGACGCACACACAGUGGAAAGAGUGGGAACCCUUCAGGAAAAAUGGAAAAGCUGCGAGGAGAGGAAGCUGAAGUAGUACUUGAAACAAUGAAGCACAUGCAUUCUUCUAAGCCACAGCCCACUGUACCAGGUGAAUUUGCCAUUGAAUCUCGGGGAAUGGCUGUACAGAUUAAUCAGGCAGACUCUGUAACGCCUGAAGUAGAAGUGGAAAAUGGCCAAACAGCACAGCCUUCCGAAGGUAAACUUAGUUUUAGGUGUCCACAAUGUGGAAAAGUAUUUAGCACUCAGAUUCGAAUGGUACGUCAUAAAAGAACUGUGCAUGUGCUGGAGAGGAACCACAAAUGUCCGAUCUGUGGAAAAAGCUUCAAGAAACUUGUACAUGUGCGUAAUCACAUGAGAACACACACUGGAGAAAAACCAUUCCAGUGCACAGUGUGUGGCAAGACAUUUACUUCAUUGGCCAACCUCACUCGACAUAACAUGCUCCAUACUGGUGAAAGGCCAUACAAAUGUGAUAUUUGUCACAAAGCGUUUACUCAGUCCUCCAAUUUGCAACAGCAUCAACUUCUCCAUUCCAAUUCUAGUCCAUUUUCAUGUAAAGAGUGUGGCAUGAGCUUCAAUAGACACUCCAAACUAGCCAGUCACCUAUACCACCACCAUGCUGGGGAGCUGCCCUUUAAAUGCAAAGAUUGUGAAAAAUCAUACCUUCGUAAGGGACUUCUUGAGUUGCACCGUUUUAGUCAUUUGGGCAAGGAGCCUUACCGGUGUACAGAAUGUGGAGCUGUUUUCGCUCUUCUUUCAAAAUUACAGGAACAUCGCUGCAACCGAAACAGUCAAGUGUAUGAAUGUAUAACUUGCAGAAAGAAAUUGACUUCUGCAACCAAACUAAAACUGCACCAGCUAAUUCACACAGGGGAGCGACCUUAUAAAUGUAACCUUUGUAACAAAGCAUUCACAAACCAAAGCAACUUGGGCCUCCAUGAACGUAGACAUGCAGGACUUCGACCUUACCAAUGUGGGGAGUGUGGAAAAACAUUUACAGGAUUUUCUGGUCUGCAGUUACAUAGGCGGAUUCAUACAGGUGAACGGCCAUACCCUUGCCCAGACUGUGGGAAGGCAUUCAGACAAGCCACACAUUUAAGAGAGCAUCGUCGUCUGCAUACUGGUGAGAGACCUUAUAAGUGUGAUUUAUGUAGUAAAGCAUUUAUACAGUCCAUGCAUUUACAGGAACACAGGCGCACCCACACUGGCGAGCGACCGCAUAGCUGCUCAGAGUGUGGAAAGGCUUUUAAGUCUUUAUCUAAUCUCCGAAGCCAUCGGAAAACACAUCUGGAUACCAAACAUACAAUUAUGUGCACUGAACUUGGAAACACCAUUGCUAUUAUACAAACUGGGGAUCCCCUUCCCAUUUUAGAAACCAUUGAAAUAUAUCAGGCAACCUCUGAUGGAAGCAUACAAGUUGGAAAUCUGCAACUAGAAAGUAUUGAACUGGGAAAUAUACCCUUGGGCAAUGUACAGCUUGAGAAUUUACAGGUUAAUAGUUUACUAUAGUAGUAAUAAUAUGUAUAUAUAGAUAUAUAAAACAUAGUUUUCGAUAGUUAAUUGCAAUCUGACUUUCAUGUGAAUAAAACAACUAACUUUUGACAUGUUUAUAGA